AUGGACAGUCUGUACAUGAAAGGAGAACUUUUGCAAGUUCACACGAAAAAUUUCGAAGUAAUUGAGGGUAGAUUUUACGGCAUGACUAGUGAUAAGUCUAAGAUAUCUUUGUACAAUGUAAAGGAGCUACCACAGACUGAUCUAACUGAAGGUGUUUGUCAUUAUUAUAACUCUGAAAUACGGAAUAUAGUCAAAUUGCAAGAAACAGAUGAACAAAAACACUUGAAAAUAUCACAAAAAGAUUGUGAAGAAAUAAUAAAGACAUCUAAAAAGUACAUCUUCAUAAAUCAAGUGGACAGUUCUUUUCAUGAAGCAAUAAAAGAUUUGAAUGAAUAUAAUUAUAUUGCUCUUAGUACUGAUGGGGCAUCUAUGGGAAGAAAAUCAAAGAUGCCCUUUAUUUUGAUGGCAACCCCUCAACAAAUUUACAUAUUUGAUAUUCAAGUGAUGCAAUACCAUGCCUUUGAUGCAGGCCUUAAGAAGCUGCUUGAGAGUGAAACUCCUAAAAAGAUUGUUCAUGACUGUCGGAAGAUAGCUGAUUGUUUAUAUCAUAAGCAUAAUGUGAAACUGAAAUAUGUAUUCGAUACCCAGGUGGGAGACUUAAUAAUCACAAAAAAUAAAAAAGGCUGCUUACCCAGUGAAGUGAAAACUUUGUCUCAGUGUUUGAAUUCUUACCUUGGCCUCAAACUGAACAUAGAUGAUGAAAAACUGGAUAUCGUUGAAUGCACUAAACGUCCAUUAUCAGUAAAGAUCAAAGAGACCUUAGCAAAGAACAUAGCCUUUUUACAUCGCCUUUCAGAAAUUAUCAAUGAUGAAAUGUCUUUACCAUUUGUCCGUGGUGUGGAAUGUUUUGUUGAGAGUCUCCGUUCCUGUGAUGACUUCAAAGCUUGGGAAUUGUCAAGUGGAAAAGAUCAUCAGAUACCAAAGGACUUUAAAAGUGCAAUCGAGUAUUAAUAUAUGUGGCACAUUCCACUUAAUAAAAUUGUAGAAAUAA